AUGGGCGUAAUCGAAAUUGAUAAUCGGAUUAUUCUGCAACAAAAUCAAAAUUUUAAUCGAUUGAAAUCAAUGUUACCAAUCCACCUCAAUCGAUUAAAUUAUAUUUUUAAUCGAUUGAGGUGGAUUGUGGCUGCACUAACAGUUGUGACGACUAAAACAACCACCACAACAACAUCCUUAACAACGAUAACGACAACAACAGCGACAACGACCUCAACAACGACAUCAACAAGUUCAAGUACAACAACAUCAACAAGUAGUACUUCGACAAUUACUAGCACAACGACAACAACCACUUCAGUUUCAACGACAACAGUCACAACAACAUCUUUUAUCUCCAGUCCUAGUAACAAUUUGUAUUGGAACCAAACAGGUGUGAUUGUUGCUGAUCAUUUUGAUAAUCCAACUUCUUUGUACUUUGACGGCAAUGAUAAUCAGUACGUUUCUGAUAGACUUAAGGAUCAUGUUGAACAAUGGAGUCCAAACGCAUCAGCUGGUGUGACUGUAGCUGGCAGUGCUACUGGUGCUGCCGGUUCAAGUUCGAUAUUGCUCAGGAAUCCUGACGAUCUUACUUUUGACACAAAUGGAUUUAUGUAUGUAGCCGAUAAUGGUAAUAAUCGUGUGCAACGUUUUCUUCCUAAUUCUACCAUUGGUACUACUGUUGCUGGAACUACAUCUCAAUCAACAAGUGCACUGACUGAUUUGAGUGACCCAGUGGCGAUUGAUGUUGAUGAAAAUUCUAAUGUCUACGUUCUUGACAGAGGUAACAGACGAAUAGUAAAAUGGGGUCCAAACGCAACAAGUGGAACUAGUAUGAUUAGUAAUAGUUUGUUGUCGAACGCAUAUGACUUCUUAUUAUCUCCGACUUCAUCAAAUCAAGUAUAUAUAAGUAAUGAAAUCAACGGUGUUAUAUAUUUAUGGACAUUUGGUGCAAGCACUCCAACAUUAACUCUAGCGAACGUAUAUAGUUCUACAUCUACACUUUCAAAGCCGAGAGGUAUGGCUUUUGACUCAUAUGGAAAUCUAUAUGUUGCUGAUAGGAGUGAUAAUUGGGUGGUCAUGUACUGUACCAACUCAACAGACGGUAUUGUGAUUGUCGAUAGUAGCAGUGCAACGCCUGUGAUUGGUAGUCUAAUUGCCGUUGCAUUUGACUGA